AUGUUUAAGGCCCCUAUAUUACCUUUUCUUUCCCUGGGUCUAAGGAAAGACGAUGUCCGACAACUUGAGGAGAUCCAGCUGUUGGAUGAUGGAUACCUGCGGCUCUCUGUGGAAGUCCAUCUGGCGCAGACUCCUUGGGUCGGCGCAGCUGUGAAGAGGCUUCAGCGUCGGGAUGGCCUGAAGUGGCAUGAGAUUCAGGUUGGCUUCAAAGAGCUUACCAAGAAGAAGGUCGCAUGUCUACCAGAGCUUUUCCGGUUUGACAAAGCCAAGCAUCACGUGUUUUGGGUAGGAUCCGAAGGCGCAGCUGCCGACUACACCAUCCAUGAUGCGAGGCCAUGCCUUGACGACGAGCAGGAUGACCGCGUUCAGGAUCAAACGGAGGAGUUGGAGGAGGAGCAGGAGGCGGAGGAGGAGGAAGGACAGGGCAAUCUGUGCGAGGCCAGGGACCGUUCCCGGCAAGCGUGGGCUCACUGGGUUGCUUCAGAUCGCGGGCAGGCGGGCUUUCGCCAGAAGCUCAUGAAGUCAAACGCAAACUCGUCGAAGGCGGAGCUCCUGCAGUGGCUUUGGAUCGAGACCCACCCCCCCGGCAUGUGGAACUCCUUGAGAAAAGCUGCGCAGACCGGGGAUUGGAAGAAGUUUGGACAAAUCAUCCGGAAAGAGUGGGUGGGUAGAGGGGGUGACGAGAAGACCUGCAACUGUCUCCAGGGCAGCCAGCACUGUAUGCAAAUAUGGCGAGGGAUCGCCGAAGGCUACUAG